AUGUGCCGCACCGUCAUCAUUUUCAAUGUUCAUUGUGAGCAUGAGCAUGCCGAGAUACAGAAGUGUUCCGAUCUCCUAGCUAGAGAGCUGAAGCGGGACCGAAAAGGCUUCUUCUCGAAGAUGUUCAGCUCGCCUCCCAGGAACUGCAGAAGGCCACAGCAGACUCGAGACUGCAACAAGGUCCAGGUAUGUCCUGACUGCGCUUUUCGCGGUAUUACUUAUGAGCAACUCAGAAAAGACCGCGACAGCGCCCAGCGAAGACCGCCGCGCCCAGUCUAUCGGCACCAGACAGACCUCGACAUUGGUAACCCCAUUUCUCACCCGAACCUUCAGAGGAGUAAUACCAGGCGCCGACCUGCUGACCGAAGACCGCAGGGCCUAGAGAGGAGCAACGCCGUCCAGUUCCACGGCGAGGCUCCUCGGCUGCCCAACGUCAGAGCCACAGCCAUAUUUCGCGAGCCGGAGAACCUCCACCCUGACACGCUUCGCCAGUACCUUGGUUCUUCGGGUGUCCCAUUUGAGGACCCCAACAUUGCUGUCUUCGAGGAAUCGCCGAUAUACUCGUUAGCGAACCGCAGGCUUCGGGGCCGUUCUAAUAGCCGCCGGCAUCUGCCAAACACACCACAUCCGCACGACAAUGGUUCCUUUGAAUACAUGGACAGGCCGUUGCCACCUGCUCCUCUCAGGCCCCACAGAGCGACGACAAACUCGACGUCCACAUCCAGGCCACCGCCCGCCCCUAGUCGCUCUUUAUCGCAACGCUACGCCCAGUCAUCCAGCGAGCGGCAGCCAGACUCCAGGCGUGCUUCCUCGCAACGUCCUUCCCAGCCACCCAACAACGAGCGGCAGCUAGAGCUUUGGCGCUCUUCAUCACAACGCCCAUCCCAGUCAUCCAACCAGCAGCUAGGUCUCGCAAUAUACGUACCGCAGAGCCACCCACAGAGCCCAUCGUACCAUCGUGGGAUGCCGACCGACAAGGAGCUGAAUCGGAUGAGCAUGGAGAUCGAGUCGGUUGAGAGUGCAUGGGUCAAUGCGGGCAGGAGGUCUUCCCAGCAGCGACCUGUUGACCGCCAAUCCAUGGGUUCCCUGACCGCUCCACGCCGCCAUCGCAGCCAGAGAGACGGUAAAUAUGCCUGA